GUUUGACUGACCAUCCAUUCCAUUCACCCACUCACACAUCCUUCGCUUCAUCUUAUCGCCAAAGAAGAAGAAGAAGAAAAAAAAAGGAACAAGUGGAUACCUCAACACAAGACUAACGUAGACAUGGGAGAGGAACGCAAAUUGCCAUUUGGCAUCACAUCGGUCAUGCCUAGCACAAUGCAGACCAUCGCCGAUAGUAAAGUUGCCGGAUUUACCAUUGGAGCUCAGAAACGUACCAACCCGUUCCAGAAACACAAGGAAGAAGCCGAAAUGAAACGAAGGAAAGAAUCAGAGGAGGCAGCCAAGGCAUAUGAAGAAUUUGUAGCUUCUUUUGAGGUGGAUGAGUCUGCCAAGAAAGAAAAGAAGUUUAUCAAGGGCAAAUCUACUUUUGUGCCCACAACCUCAAUUUUCGGCGAUGAUGACGAUGAAGAAGAGAUGGCAAACAAAGAUGCGGAGGCAAAGGCGAAGGCGGCUUAUAAGCCUCAAACGUUUGUCCAAGCAUCUUCUUCUUCCUCCUCAUCAACGACCACCUCACCAGCAGCGAAGACUCUCUUCAACACAACCGAGCCCACGCCCUAUGUUCGGGAUGCUAAAGCAAAGAGGAAAAAGGAAAUGGACGCAUUCUUGGAAGAGCUUAAAAGGAAUCAAGCCGAGAGGGAUGAACGACUGAAUAAGAGUCUUGCUCGACCAAUCCAGGAUGACUACAAAAUGGGUUCUAGGGAUACAGGUGACCCCAACACAACGAAUCUUUACAUUGGAAAUAUCAAUCCAACCGUCAAUGAGGAACAGCUUUGUAUGGAGUUUGCCAAGUAUGGGCCAAUUGCUAGUAUCAAGAUCAUGUGGCCAAGGACCACAGAGGAGAUUGAGAGGAAUCGCAAUUGUGGGUUUGUAAGCUUUAUGGAGCGUUCGGACGCAGCUGUUGCAUUGAAAGAAAUGGAUGGCAUGGAGCUGAUGGGAUAUGCUAUGAAACUCGGCUGGGGCAAGGCUGUUGCGCUUCCAGCAGUGCCAUUUUUCGUUCACAAGGAUUACAAGGCGCCUCCUAAACCGGCCAAGAUUCCAGUACGGAAGUCAAUACCUCCCUCCAGCACUGAUAUUAUUGUGAAAAAGCCCGAUGAUGUACACACCCUUAUAUGCAUCCACCAAGUCAUUGAAAUGGUCUUGAUACAUGGUCAUCAAUUUGAACAAGCUCUUAUCCAAGAGAAAGCACAGGAUCCUCUUUUCUCGUUCUUGGUUAACCACAAAUCACCCGAGCAUGUCUAUUACCGAUGGAAAUUGUUUUCAAUGAUGCAAGGAGAUACAGCAACACGCUGGCGGACAGAGCCUUUCAAAAUGGUGGAUGGUGGGCCAGUCUGGGUACCGCCUUUGAUGACAUUUACAGACGAGGUUUUUGAAGAAGAUGAGCAGUUGAUUGAUGCACAUCAGGAUGAGUUUGAGAAGUCACAUGUGAAAGGAAGACUUGGACGGGGUGCACGAAGCUUUUUCGAGGCACAAUUGAGGCUGAUCACUAACCAAAGACGGUCUAUCGGCAAAGCCAUGAUGUUUUGCAUGCAACAUGCAGAUGCUGCAGAUGAGAUUGUAGAUAUUAUUGUGCAGUCAAUGACUAUACCAAGCACACCACAACAGACUCGAUUGGCUCGUCUUUACCUGAUCUCUGAUAUUUUACACAACUGCAGCGUAUCUUUGCCCAAUGUCUGGAAAUUCCGCUCAGCAUUUGAGAUCAAGUUACCUAUGGUUUUUGAAGCAUUGAAUGGGAUAUAUCGCAACAUUGAUGCACGACUUAAAGCAGAACAGUUCCGUAGACAGAUUUCUAAUGUCCUUGCGGUGUGGGAGAACUGGAUUGUUUUCCCUCAGACCUAUAUUGAUAACCUUGCGAAUGUGCUGACGCGCAGAGAGAGCAACGAUCAGGAGCAGAUGAACAAAUUGUCUUUUGCUCCCGGUUCUGCUGCAGAGGGUACGAUAUCAACAGGAACAGGAGUAGGAACAGGAACAGGAGCAGGAGCAGGAGCAGGAACCAGUUCGGUGGCACAAGGAACAUCUAAACCUCCGUUGUCCAAUACACUUUCUGUUGUCGAACAAGAGAACAACAAGCACAAGGCGGAUGUGGAUGAAGACAUUGAUGGUGUACCGAUGGAGGAGGAUGGGAAUGAGGAUAUUGAUGGGGUACCUUUGAAGACGACUGAGGAUCUGGACGGGAUACCCAUGGAGGAUGAGGACCUUGAUGGUGUACCAAUGGAAGAUGAGGAUCUGGACGGUGUACCACUUUGAUCUACCUAGUCGUUAUUAGCUCUUUUUUCUCUUUAUUUCCUUAGAACAGCGAUAAUUUUAUUUUAUUUCAUCUUUAUUGUUAUUUUCUUAUGCUUUAUGCAUUAAAUCGAAGAAGCAUAACAUGGCUCUUUGUUUAUCCACAG